AUCUCCCCUAUAAUCUCCGGCCAAAGUUGUGGUAGCUACAAACGGAACAGACCGUCAGUUGGCCUAUAUAUUCUUUAUGAUAGGAUAGGAAAAUAAGGGAAGGGAAAUUGUCAUUGUUGGUGCUCCCAACAUACGAGUUGAAUGGAUUUGAAUGUUCUUUUAAUGAAAUCACAAUUUUAUAUCGUAUUCUGAUGAAUUUUUGGGAGUUUUUCAAUACUAUAGAGUAUUGAGGAAUAUUUUGAUGAACCCGGUGUGAAUAUUUUGAAAUGUAGAAUAAUGAAUAACCUUGAAAAAAUAUUUUUUGUCACCGUAGAUUGUUGUUGAAAAUUUUUUAUGUACAAACCGGAAAUGGGCGAACACGAGUGGGCAAUUGAGUGUUCUGAUGAUGAGAAAUAUGGAGUUGAAUCCAAGGAAUACUGGUCAUUGGAUUCCGAAGAUAUUCUUGUCAUGAUUGAUAGUCUGGAAUGUAACAAUCAGUGUUUGAAGCUGGAAUGGAAGUGUCCUGGAAGACGGGGACCAUCACCAGAACUCUUGAUUAAUCACCAGCAAGCACAUCAUCUACCACAAUUCAAUGAUUUAGCACAACCUGAGGAAAAAGACAACUUCGAUUUUAUGGACGAGAUGUCUUCUCCCCGCCUCCCAGUGCGCCGUAUUGGUGAAGCCACCCCGAAAGGUAGCGCCAAGAAAAAGACUGCCAGUUUCAAUGGUGUACUAUCUACCAUGCUGCGUCACCGUAGGCUAGAGCAACAGGAAAUAAAUUCGGCAUCUAAAAAAAACUGAACCUAAUGCACCUAACCGAACCUAGCCUGAACCUAGUAUGAAAUUCUAAUGAAUGUAAUAUGAAUUCACCUCCACGUGUGACCUAGUGAUAAACGCCUCGCGGGAAUUGAAUUUCAGACUUUCAUACAUUAUAGACAGAUUUCACUCGUGAUGCCGAGACAUUCCUAUCUUUAUAUCCACUUACAUUUUGUAGCAUCUAAAAAACCAUCCCAACAGUUACCUUCUGAACGGGUAUUUUUAAUCCUCUGUGAGUAUUGAUAACAACUAACGAAAAUAUUAACAAAAGAAAAUCAUAGAAUGAGUUCAAUAAAUUGUACAAAGAAUCUUGGAGAAUAAUAUAUAUUUUAUUGACAUAAUUAA